AUGGACAAGCUGUACGAUCUGUCUGGGACAGUCAUUGCUGUCUGCGUCAUCUUCAUUGCUGUCUGCACAACUCUUACAUUCUUACGCCUCUGGGUGCGAUGGCAGAAAGGCAGCGUAGGGGCUGACGACUACCUCUUCCUCUGCGGCUUGAUGUUAUGGCUCACCUCGACGUCAUUUCUCUUUCCCGCGUGCUGGAACGGCCUGGGCGCCCACCAACACCACUACACGGACGAACAAGCCACACAAGCGAUGAAGUACUUCUUCCUCUUCCAGGACUUCUACACCUGGUCCAACAUCCCCAUCAAGAUGUCGCUGUGCCUGACGCUGCGCCGGCUGGCCAGCACCAGCCCCUGGAUCACGUGGACGCUGUACGGCAUCAUGUUCGUCACCUUCGGCGCCUCGGUAGGCACCAACAUUUACCUGCUGACCGACUGCACGCCGCUGGCCGCGACGUGGGACACGACGAUACCGGGUGCUCACUGCCGGCCCCCGGCCAACAUCACCACGCUCGGCUACGCGUACUCGGCUAUCAACAUCGCCGUCGACUGGGUCAUCGCGCUGCUGCCCGUCUUCUUCCUUUGGCGCCUCCAGAUGGCCUGGCGGCAGAAGCUCACGGUCAUGAUCGUGCUGGCGCUGGGUAUCUUCGCCAGCUGUGCUACGGUUGUUCGUCUGUUUACGCUGGAGGCCUUUUCGAAUAAGGAGGAUUACCUCUUCGGCAUCGCCCACAUAGUAUUCUGGACCGUGAUAGAAAUGGGCCUGGCCAUCAUCGCCGGCUCGCUCGCGACGCUGCGCCCGCUCUUCCGCAGCUGGUUCGGCGGCUCGACGCUCCGCCCCUCGCAGGGCGGCGACUUCGGCCCCCGCACCCGCUCCGGACCGGGAGCGUACAACAACAAAACCAACGGCAACGGCCUGGGCUACUACCACGACGCCAUCAGCCAGGACUCGCGCAUCGGCCUCAAGACCAUGAUCAACUAUGACGGGUCGCGGGAGCACGAGCCGACGCCGGAGCCGGAGGGCCGGGGCCGCAGCCCGCCGUUGGGGGCCAAGCGCUCGGGUAGCAUCAAGGUUACGAGGAGCUUGCGCGUUCGCGAGUCGAUUUUGAUCGCUGAUUAG